AUGAUCGGUGGCGCGAGGCGCUGGUUAAAGCGCAAUCGCAAAGGUCUCGCGAUCGGGGCUGGAGUGCUGGGUGCUGGCUACCUGGCUGGUCAAUAUGUCAUUUCCAAGAUCUCAGAGGCACGAGAGCGUAUGAGUAGUGACCGGAUUGCCAAAGAAAACCUUCGUCGAAGAUUCGAACAAAACCAAACCGAUUGCGCCUACACUGUUAUUGCUUUGUUACCGACCGCUACAGAGAAUAUCGUCGAUGCCCUCCCCGUGGAGGAAUUGACCAAGGAGCUCCAGAAGAAGCGGGCGGAGAGGUUGGCACGGCUCAAUGCGGGGGAAACUACGGGCUCGGAUAUGAGCUCGGUCUCUCCAAGCUUAAUCGGGGAUGAUACAAAGAGCCUCUCGAGUUUUCAGAGCGAAGGUUAUGUGCACACGAGCCAGUUGGGAGAGCCUGCCGACUCAGAUGGACAACCCCGCGUGAAGCGGAAUAAGACGCAGCUAUGGAACGAGGUUAAGAUUACAUCUGUGACCCGAUCCUUCACCAUGAUCUAUAUUCUCUCCCUUCUCAACAUUUUCACUCGGAUCCAGCUCAAUCUCCUCGGUCGCCGAAACUAUCUCUCGAGCGUCAUUUCCCUCGCCAACCCCCCAACCGACUCAACCAUCAGCCUUGAAGAUCACGAUUAUGAUCUAACACAAACACUUGGAGAUGAUAUCGCGACCAACCGGCGCUACCUUGCUUUCAGUUGGUGGCUUCUUCAUCGCGGAUGGAAGACGCUGAUGGAGCGGGUCCAGCCCGCUGUGGAGCAGGCGUUUGGCCCUCUUAACCCGCGUGAGGACAUCAGCCUGUCCAAGCUGUCGGAAUUGACUCUCCAAAUUCGGAGGAACAUUGAAGGCAACACGGAAGAAGACCGCCGAUCCAAGAAAUGGCUGUCCUGCUUGCUACCGUCAACAGAAGAGGAAGACUACGUUCUUCGUGAAUCCGGCGUCGAGGGAGUGACAGACCCGUCAUCCUCGAAGACCGCUUCGAAGCUGCGUCUCCUCUUGGACGAGACAGCCGAUCUUAUUGACUCUCCAUCCUUCUCCUUCGUCUUGACUCUCCUCCUCAACGAAGGAUUCUCCACCCUGAUUGACGUCAAGUGUGCCAACGAGGCAUUCAAGGCUUCGGCUCCAGCCCCAGAGACAGCACCCCAGUCCUUUGACUCCAUGGCCACCGUCAUUCCCCCUGUCACCUCUGAGCGCAAGACCAAACUUGCCAAUCUUCUGGCUGUGCUGGCUCGCCAGGCACAUGUGAUCGGCCAUGGCCCCAUGGGCCCUAACGAUUAUCUUGAUGUCAUGGACAAGAAUGUGCGAGAGCUCGAGGCCUUCUCUGCUGUCAUUUAUAGCUCUAACUUCGACCUCGAACUUCCCGGUACUAGCCGGCAAUCCGAAGUCUCCAAGGACAUGUCUUCCUUGGAUCUCAAUGCCCCUCCCACAUAUGCAGAAGUUGUGGCCGGUAGCGAGGUCGAUAGUGAACCUACCGAUCUGGCUCAAAGCACUCCAGUUUUGAUUGAUCAUGAUCAGCGGGUUGUUGAGAUUACUGAUGAUCCCAUUGAAGCUAAUGAAGAAGUCGUCGAGGCCCCUGCGCCCGUGACAGUGACAGCGGCAGUGGCCGAAGAAGAGGAAGGGGAAACAGACCCAGUGCCAUCCCAAGAGCCCGCAGCUGAAUCCGCCUUCGAGGCUGCCUGGGGAAAGGCCGUUGAUGAUGUAAACAUCGCGCCCGAGCCGGAAGUUCAAGAGACCUCUUAG